AAACAGAAAAUGUCAUGGAGACUGUUACCCUGGCAAUAUUGUCAAUGCAGUGAAGGGAGGAGGGGUAAAUGAAAUCAGAGCAACCAGACAAUCACAACAAUGUGAGAAAUGCCAGAGACCACGAAAAGAAGGAGAAUAGUUGAAGAGGAAGAGUGAUAAAUGAAGAUGGAAAAAAUGAAAAGCUCUUUAAAAGUGCCACAGGACAUGCAGUGUGAGGUAGACAUGGAUCUUCUUUGCUGGGGAAGUGGGGAGCUUGGACAAACUGGGCACGGCAGGCCAGAGGUCAUUCCUCCAGAGGAGGCACUUCUGAAAGAGUUUGCAACAUCUGGGCUGGGCAGUGUAAAGCUGCUGGCAUGUGGAUCCAGUCACUCUGUUGUGGUUACAGUGGAUAACAAGAUCUUUGCAUGGGGAAAUGGCACCAGUGGACAGUUGGGUAAUGGAGAGAGGGCAGUAAAAAACCAGCCAGUCGAAGUCAAAUUGCCACAGGAACUAAACGUCAGAGGAAGUCACCUAGAUGGGAAUUUCGCCAAUGUAGUUGGUAUAGCCUGUGGAAGCCGACACUCCUUCAUAUGGACUGAAACUGGGCAGGUCUACAGUUUUGGGAACAACUUUUAUGCUCAGCUAGGUUAUGACUUCCAGAGGGCUGACUUCAAAGAGAACCAGCUGGCACCGUGUUUGUUCCAGAAUCUUCCAUCAUCUCUGAAAAUAUCCCAAGUGGCCUGCGGAGAGCGACACACUCUGUUUGCUCUGGAGGAUGGCAGUGUGGCGGCAUGUGGCCAAAAUGAUUAUGGACAAAUUGGCAGCGGCUCUAAUGAAAAUGCGGUUGUUCCCCGCUUUGUGGAGCGUGUGGACCAUGUGUCAAAGGUCACCUGUGGGGCAAACCAUAAUCUUGCACUGACAGGUGAUGGAAAAUUGUUUCAGUGGGGAUGUGGACGGGCAUGUGGAAGCACAAAGGGAAACAUCCUGUCCCCAGAGGAAGUGACGCUACCGGAAUCACCAGUGAAAGACAUUGCCGGCGGAUGUUGGCACAGCCUUCUUCUAACAGAUGGUGGGAAUGUCUUCUCCUGGGGGAUGGGGCAAGAGGGACAGCUUGGACUCGGAGAGGACAGAAUGCAUGUAUCGACUCCUUGUCUUCUCAACUCUUCGCAGCUUUCUGAGGUCUCGCAGAUACGAGCUGGGGACAGCUACAGUGCAGCUGUCACAGCAGGUGGAGAUCUGCUUCUCUGGGGUCAGAUCCCCUGUGUUUCCUGGGUCACAUAUCAUGCAGGCCCCAAAGGGCUCUGGACCCCCCAGGCUUUUCCUCUGGCAGGCCAAAAGGUGAUCGAUGUUGCCUGUGGUGCAUGGCACAUCAUGGCUCUCACCACAAAGAGCAGAAAGAAGAACAGACAGUGUGCUCACCCAGAAACUCAAACUCACUUCAGAGACCUUCCUCACUUCAGAGACCUUGUCAGAAAACCCUCACCAAUAGAACACACAGAGAAAGAAAACACGGCACAGGGCUCCAGACAUGUCCAACACAAACUGGUUCAAGGUCCGGAAAGUCCAGAAGGCUUUGAGGAGCAAGAGACAGAUGAAGAAAGUGAAAGUGCAGAGGAAAAAGAAAGACAUGAACAAAAACCAUACACAGAUGAGGCAAUGUCUGCAACAGAAACGGAUGGGACAGGAAGUGGCCACUCAUCAAUCAAAUCCAAGCAGGGGGAUGAUACAGAGGGUUGUCAGACAGCAGUCAGACAGCAAGCAAUGCAGGCCCACUGCUGGCACUCUCCCCCAGCUAUCAAAGGAACAACAAGCUCACAGUAGAAUUUCAUCUGGGGCUCAAAAGAGAAGAUCAUAUCUGACUAAAUCAGUUCAAAAAUCUGAAGGCGACAGCAGCAUUUUGCAGAGCCCCAAGCUCAGGCCUGCACCCAGACCUCCUGUAAAAUGUCCUGGAACUCAAUUUGUAACCUCUUGUCACCAUCCAAGAA